AUGGGACGUCGUUUUCGUGGAGCGCCAAUACGUGAAGAAGCUGAAAGACAUAUUGUUGAUCCAACAAGUGUUAAUUUUCGUGAACCAGGAACAGAAAAACAAGGAAUAUCAGAAGAACUUAUUGUAUUAAUUGCAAAUUAUGUUCGCAUUUUAUCUGCACCACAAUGGUUACUUUAUCAAUAUCAUGUUAAAUUUUCACCAGAUAAUACUGAUUCGAGAAAAAGACGUCGAGAAUUAAUUGCCCAACACGAAGGUGUUUUACAAGAUGUUGUAUUUGAUGGACAAAUUUUAUAUUCAUUUAAUGAUCUUAGUGAUGAUUAUGAAACAACAUCACAUCAUGAAGUUACUGGUCAACGUAUAACUAUUCAAUUACAUAAAGUAGUUGUACAACGUCCUGAAUCACCAAUUUUUUUUCAUUUAUCAAAUUUAAUUAUGAGAAAAUUAUUAGAAUUAGCUGGUAUGAGAAUAAUUGGUCGAUCGUAUUAUCAAUUUGAUGAAUUGAUAUUGAUCGAUUUAGUUUAA